AUGGCCUCCAACACCAGCUCUCUCUUCGGAGGGGGUGGUCUUGGGACGUCGACAGCUCCACAGUCGAACGGUUCGAACAGUCUCUUUGGUGCAAAUAAAUCGACUGCGAGUCCUUUCACCAAUCUCUCUGCUCCGAGCACACAAAAUGCGCAAACAUCGUCUCUGUUCGGGGGUCAAACGCAGGCCCAGCAACAAACCGCUCAAGGCCCGAUCUUGGGACAAACCCAAGUAAGCAACCCACAACAUGGUCCUUCAACACAACCUGCAUUUUUCAACAGCCUGUUGGAACGCGGUAAAAAGCGACCAUUGUCUUUGGCGGUUCAAAACAACAACUUUGAAGACGUCCCCAGCCUUCAGUUAGGCCUGGAUGAUAUUCGAAGGAAAGCGCGAGAGCUAGGCGCUGGGGGACAAAAGGAUACUCCAAACAGCAAGAACAGCAAAGCGCACUAUCUGCUUGCAGCUUCCGGUAUAUCUCCUGGUCGAGCAUUGCGCGACCUCAAAUCAAUGGAUCCCCAGGUAUCUUUAGCGGUACCGGCAAAAGAGCCAGAUCACUUCGACCCAGAUAACCAGAGAUUCUUGCGAAAUAUCCAGCAACGGGGUCGACAAGUGAUGAUCGCAGAGGGUCUCAACAGAGCCCAGCGGGACUUCGAUGCUUUUCUGGAAGAGAAGGUUGACAUGGACUGGGAGGAUCAACGUCAAACAAUAUUUCAGCACUUCGGGCUUGACCAGUCUGGUGUCGGUACAUUAAGAUCCGGUGCAUUCGGGCGAUCGGCAAGACAAUCCAAGCAAGCCAUUUAUCCCAGACCUUCCGCGUCCAACCGAAGCGUGUUUGGGCGCUCGGGUCUUGAAAAGUCGGUCAUUGGCACACCUGGAGCCGGCUUGGCAAGUCGUCAGAUAUUUGGAGAUUCAGCAGAGCGGAAUGAAGGAACUGCACCUCACUCGCCCGAUCUCAGGUUCCAACGGGAAAAGAUGGGCAACUAUGCCGAGAAAGUUCAGCAGUUGAAUCUCGCCAGACUCCAAGGGAAAUGCUAUCCUAUACUUGAUGAGUUCUCAUAUGUUGAAUUGCAAGCUGGCGGUGAUGUACCUCGACAACUGUUCAAUGCGUACCAAGCCUUGAUAAGGAUUGUACACGAGAAUCCAAACAUCGUCAACCCAUCAGAGCCGGGGGCAAUUCAAGAGCGCCAUUACGCCAAAGAUUAUCUCGAAGAAUCCUCCAAAUCCCUCAAAGCCAUCGGUCUCAGAAAACAGAUUCUUGAAGGCUCAAGGAGUUUCCUUGAAAACAUAUUUUUCGAUGAAGUAGAGACUGCCAUUGCCAAAAAUCCGCGUGAAGCACAGCUGGGAGGAAUUCCAACUGUGAUCAACAAAAUUCGCGCUUACAUCCGUCUUCAAGCUGCCAGAAAGGACCUGGCACCUGACGGUACUGAGCUACAGAUGGUGAAUCAAGACUAUUGCUGGAUUCUUAUCUUCUAUCUUCUCCGGUGUGGAUUUGUGGCUGAAGCAGCCGAGUACGUGAGUCGGGACAGCGGGUUCCGAUCUUUAGAUCACAAGUUCGUGACCUACAUGACAACCUUCGCGCAAAGUAGGAGAUUACCUCGAGACCUGCAGCAAAAGAUCAAUGGCGAGUUUCAGCAACGUUCACGGAACGCACCUGAAAACACAGUCGAUCCUUACCGGAUGGCAUGCUACAAGAUCAUUGGUCGGUGUGAUCUGUCCCGUCGUCGUUUGGAUGGUGUGAAACAAACUGUUGAGGAUUGGAUGUGGCUCCAAUUCAGUCUUGCAAGAGAGGAUGACCGCGCAGAAGAGGUUGCAGGUGACGUCUUCGGUCUGGAAGACAUUCAGACCGAUAUCCAAGAGAUUGGCCAAAGAGUUUUCGUCAAGGGCAACGAUGGACCUGGUGGCUAUGGAACUUAUUUCCUCCUGCAAAUUCUGGGAGGAAUGUUUGAACAGGCUGUGCAUUAUCUCGGCACCUAUGCUCCAGUCACUGCUGUUCAUUUUGCCAUCGCCCUGUCUUAUUAUGGACUAUUGCGCGUGUCUGACUUUUACACUUCCGGUGAAGAAAUUCUUUCCUUUACAGUCAAACAAUACCCCCAGAUCAAUUUCGGGUAUCUCUUAACCCAAUACACCCGGGAAUUCCGCACUGGAUUUGUUGAAGCUGCCAUUGAUUAUUUCACAUUAAUCUGCCUCAAUGCGGAUCUGCCAGGUGCUUUGGGCAAAUCGCAGGCAUCAGUCUGCCAUGAGGCCUUGCGAGAGUUUAUUCUAGAAACCAGGGACUUUGCUAAAUUGCUCGGCGAUAUCCGAGCAGAUGGUACUCGCCUUAAGGGUGCCAUUGAGCAACGUCUUGAUUUGAUCAAACUUGUUGACCAGCAAGAAUUUUUGAAGACUAUUACGGUUCAAGCUGCCGCCGUAGCAGACGAUAAGGGAUUGAUUACAGAUGCCGUGCUUUUGUAUCACCUGGCUGAGAACUAUGACCGUGUCAUUGACAUCAUCAACCGCGCGUUGUCGGAUGCAAUCGCGGUAGAGCUAGGUGGUGCUAUGCCGAAGCUGCAACCUUUGCGUCCCAGAGGCGGCGAAGCCGGCGAGGGAAUGGAAGCCGGAAGCAGCCUUAGCUUGACUUCCGUCGACGAUCCAGGCGUGCUUGCAAAGAACAUGAUCAGUCUUUAUGACUCGGACAGAAUGUAUUAUGGACAAAUCCGGCAAGUCAACCGUGAUGCUUGUGGGUUACUGCUCCGUAUGAUGGAGGCCAAGACCCAAGUUGAAGCUGGCAGAUGGGCGCCAGCACUCGAUGCUAUCAAUGCUUUGAAUGUUCUUCCCUUGCAAGCGCAAGGCUCCGUGUCGUACAUUCGAAGCACAGCCCAGGCAUUCUCAUCUUUGCCGCCCAUCAUUUCACGCAAUGUCGGGCAUGUUAUCAUGUGGAGCAUCACAUGUAUUGGCUACGAACGCCAAAAGCGAGCCUUUGGGAUGUACGACAGUGAAGUGCGCCAGGGAUUGGCGGAUACUUUGCUUGUCAUGGCUAAAGAUCUCAUGGUUUUCUCGGGAAUGGUUAAAUACAAGUUGCCGCCACGAGUCUAUGAGACUCUAGCGCGUGCCGGGGCGGAUAUCGGAGCAUAUUAG